AUGGACACCACUUUCACCAUCAAUGAGAGAUGGACACUCUGCGCAUUUGCAAGUUUCAUCAGCUUCUUCAUCCUCCUCCUCUGCCUCAAUCACAAAAACAACCUCGUUUAUUUCUCGGCUCCUCAAAAUGUCACAACACCAGAGGGUUUGCAAGCUAUAGAAUCAACCUCAGACAAUCGUCCCACAUCGAACAAUGAAUUCUCGAGACCAUUAAGCUCGUUUCAAAAUAGUAAAUCAAUUAACCAAACACAUGCCAAGUGCGACAUCUUUGAAGGAAGAUGGGUUUAUAAGCCUAUGGAGAAUCCAUUAUAUGAUGUGUCCAAGUGUCCAUUCCUUAGUGACCCAGUAAGCUGUCGGAGGAAUGGACGGCCAGAUUUCGACUACGAGAAAUGGAGUUGGGAGGCUAGAGAUUGUGAAGUUCCGAG